AUGAUAUUUACGAUUUUUUCGUGUCGUGCGGUGGUUACGCUCGUCGCGUCCUGUCUAUUCCAUUCGCAUGUCGUGAACGUCGCAGCGCUGAAGAUAGGCAUAGGUGCCGUUAGGGUGUCAAGCGGGCCUGUAGCUGACGACGCAGGGUGCACUGGCAGCUUCUUAUGCGUCAGAAGUAGCACUGACGAGCGUGGUGCUCAGGCAGCUCCAACAAGUGGUGCUGCUACCUACUUCGUGCCGCCGAGUUCAGCAGGAGCCGCGGCACCCCCGCCCAGCAACGAAGACACUACUGCGUUCAUGUAUGAUAGUUAUGGUACUACACCUUUCCCGCAUAACGACAGCCUGGGCUUACCGCGCAUACAUGACAUGUUACGCCAACAGCAGCAGCAGGAGUUUCUCCUCGACGAUCGCAGCGAUUUACUUGCUAGAAGGCUGCCCUGCUGCCGAAACGUCGUCGGAGAGAGGAAGAGGUCUACUCUUUGCUUCAUGGCCUGUCUGGCCGCAUCUCCGAUAUCCUUUUUCGGCGGUUUGGGAAUUUUGGACCACUUUCAUCCGGAGCAAACUAAAAAUCCAUUUUACAUACCGCGGUACCACAAAAAACAAUUCAAUGCAGAAGUGGCACGAGAAGACCAUGAUGACCAGGAAGACGGUGAAGGAGAAACCUGGAUGAAUGCCACUAGUGCCUUUUAUUCGGAAACAGCAGACGAGGCUCCACUGUCGACGGAACUCCAAGCGCAGAAAUCAGCAUCAAGUGCAAGUGGCCUGGAUUUGACACACCAUUGA